GCUGCUGGUCUGUCUCUGAAUGAUUUAGCGGUGGAAAGAAUAGCGAAAACUGAGAUGCAAGAACAAUAAAAAACUUCAAGUUGGCUUCGUUCAAAAAGGAAAAACCAAGAGCCCAACUACCUCAGUUGGAGAGAAAAAGAGAGAAGCUGAGUGAGUAGGGGAACCAGCAAGAGAAGAGAGCAACAGAGCGGCUAUGGACCAUCAGCGGCAGAGGACUCUGUCCACUUCAGGAGAAUCGCUGUAUGCCAUGCUCGGAGUCGAGAAGAACGCCACAACAGAGGACAUCAAGAAAUGUUACAGGAAACUGGCGCUGAAGUUUCACCCAGACAAAAACCCGGACAACCCGGACGCAGCUGAAAAGUUUAAAGAAAUUAACAAUGCUCACUCCAUCCUGGUGGACCCCACCAAGAAGAACAUCUACGACAAAUAUGGAUCACUGGGUCUCUACGUGGCUGAGCAGUUUGGAGAGGAGAACGUCAACACCUACUUUGUUCUGUCCAGCUGGUGGGCCAAGGCUCUGUUCGCCUUCUGCUGCCUGGCAACAGGUUGCUACUGCUGCUGUUGCCUGUGCUGCUGCUGUAACUGCUGCUGUGGUAAAUGUAAACCUCGGCCGCCCAUGGACCAGGACCCCGAGUUCUACGUCUCCCCCGAGGACCUGGAGGCUCAGAUGACUGCUGAGGAAAGAGAUGGCAGUGAUCCCAUCGUCAUGCAGCCGUCAUCAGCCACAGAAACGACCCAGCUCACCUCUGAUGCACGCCAAAGCUACAAGACCGACACAUACUAAACACACACACACACACACACAUAAACACACACUUCAGCCUCAUAAGGCAAACAGAGGCUGCUGGGGCUGGGAGGUACAUCCACCUUUAUUUGUCAUUAAUAUUUUUGUCAAACAAGACAUAACAUUUAUACAGGCGGAUGCAUUAGAUAACCCAAUUCUCAUGUAUGGCUGCGCCAGCGUUUGAAUCUCUCCUCUCCUCAUCAAGAAUCAGUCAUAGCACGUCUUCCUCCUCGCUGCCAACUAAGCGUCUUUGUUGCUGGAUUUACUUUUUAAAGGGUCACCCAGCAGCAGAUGUUGAAGCUUUUUAGCCAAUCUGUUGCAGUUUCCACUGAAAUAUUGCUUUAGCAGAGAGGGGCUUGCCUCUUUGUCUGUAUUUGUGCUCUGUGUGAAUCAGUGGCAGCACCUCGUCUAUCUGUAUGCAUAGCUGUGAGCUUUGUGUUCACAUCCUUGUCCAAAUAUUCUUUAACAUGCCCCACCUUUAUUGUGACAUAUGUUCUGUAAUUGGAAUUAAAAAUAAUUCUGUUUCAGGGACGAUGUGAAAGAAAAUAAUAGGGUGGAAUAAUCUGGUUGCCCAGGUUUGCACACCUAAUAUCUGGUUGAACCUUUUGAUUCAGUGUCAGCAUUCAGCUUUUUUUAGUCCACAUCUUGACUGGGAAAUAUUUGCGCACUCUACUUAGCAAAGGUUCUCCAAAUCUGCAGUAGGUUGAAGAUAUCUCUUGUCCACAGCCCUCUCAGCUGGGUUUUUAUCUUCCAGAUUUAGGUUUUGUCUCCAAAACUUUCAUUUUUUGAUGAAGCUCUUCUUCUGAUCAUUUAGAUGUAUCCCUGCACUAAAAUAAAAAAAGAUCCUUGUUCAGCUUCAGGCUUCUAGCUGACAGCUCUUUUUAUCUGUUUACAACUUCCUCCACCUUGACAAAAACACUAGUUUUAUAUGAAGAGAAGUAAUCCCAGAGCAUCAUGCUGCCACCACCAUGUUUCUCUGUGAUGUUUGGUGUGUUUUGUGCCAAACAUACUUUUUUUGAAUAAAUAUUUAACAACUAAUACGUAAAUUCCAGACUGAGCUAAUCAUAUUAACUAGCUGCAGAUUUGUUACAAAGAGGCUGAAUGCUGAAAUUUAAUCAAAAGCUGCUUUUACAGAGUACAAAUGUACACCUACACAACCAGUUUGCACCUUUAUAUAUUCUUCCCACUAACAGAACGUGACUUUUUAAUGGGGAUGUGUGCACAAGCACUGUAAACUCUGUAACUACAUGUAAACACGAAAUUUAACAUAUUGGCCCUAAAAUCAGGGAAUCUUUGCUGAAAUCCAGUAUUAGUUUGCUGCAUCUAACCUGCUUUGUUUCAGAAUCGUUCUGAUUUUUCUCAGCUGAACAGAUUCUUUUGACAGAGAAUGACUUUGCUUUGUAUGAAGAUGCAUUGAAAUGAAGCACAUGACGGCACAGACGGGUGGAGAAAGGCAAGUUGUUAGCAACAAAAACCACAGCAUGUUUUCAUGCAUCUCCACUGUGUCUAAAGACCCAACUUAGCCCUAACAGCUGCUUUGUCUGUCAGACACAAACACACACACACACACACACACAUUAAUUUGAAACUCAUAAAGAUGAAGGACUGCAUCCACACAGAUAUGCAUCCCUGCCAGUUUUCUAGUUUGUCGCUUUUUUAACCACGUCCCCAGCCUGCAAAUGACUUCACUGAAAACAGACAUGAGCUCUCCAGUUUUUUCAAAUAUUUCAGGUAUGAUAUUAGGUGAAGGAACAGGAAGAAAUCUGGAGGUGGAGGGAAAAGGUAGGGAGAUAUAGAAAAUAUUUCCUCCAGCAGUAGCAAGUUAAUUACACAGCAUCUGAUCAUUUCCUUGGCAUUAAUAAUAUCAGCCAGAGGAAGCUCAACAAUGACCCAUCAAAACAAAAUCACUGGCAAAAACAGAAAUUUCACUUUAAAAGGGUCUUUCUUACAUUAGAGAAGAGAAAAAAUCUCAACUAGUGAUUUAUGCAAUAACUUUUAACAGUUUUAUUUUACAAAGUGUGUGUUUUUCUUCUAAGAUUGAAAUUGGUUCCAGUUUAUUAUAUUAAUAAUUUCAUGUUGCACUAGUCUGUAUGAUCACCAGCAUUACUUUGAAGACAACAUGUUGAGUCCUUCAGUCCAGAUUAUGCUUUCUGAAUCUGUAAAAGGUAAUAACGUAUCCAUCUGAUUUCAUAGGAAACUUUCCCGUUGAUCGUUUUAUCACUGUCUAGAAUGAGGGUACUUAAUCUGUCAUUCAUGGAGUUCCCAUCAGAUGUAACUACCAGGUGCCAUUAUGAAGUAGGUUUCCUUUCACCUUUCAUCAGAGCAGAGGUUUUUGGCAGCAUGCCUCAUUAAUUACUGAUAUUUAAACCCAGCUGAGACCUUCGACGACGAGCCGAUUAUUCCUCAGAGAAACGCGGCCGAUCUCACAGCUGCUCAGGAGGAAGCUUAUUGAGGGUUUGAACGUGUGAUCACGGCUGAACAGAGAGCAUGCCGUCCAGUGGAGCUUCGCUACACUUCCAGACCAUGAUAAAAUGGGCUGAGAUCAUUUUCCCGCCUCUUAUGGUGGCCAUGUUGGAUUUAAAUUAGUGAUGCACUGAUAUGAUUCCGAUAUCUGAUAUUAAUAUUGCUGUAAUGGCCAAUAACCAAUAUUUACCAAUAUUAUAUAUAAAUUUCCUCACCCUGUUAACACUGACAAAUAGUGCUUCUCUACUUCAGUUAAACAUCCCACAAUCCUGUGCUGCCUCACUAUCACUGUCACAUGACCAAACAAAUACCACAUGGACACCCCCUCCUCCUCAAGAGACACAAAUAGCAACAAGAUGGAAAUAAAUCGGUUGAUAUCGGCCCAGUUUUACUUAUUGGAGACAAUAAUCACAUGUUAAAAAACGUCAGCCUAUACCGAUGUUAAUGCAGAUAUAUCGUGCAUGCCUAAUUUAAAUGUGCCUGCCUGGCCUGCUCAGAUCAUACGGUGGGCGGUCUAUAGGUAUGCUUUCAGUGUCAGCAAACAUGUCGGUGUCUUUAAAAUUUACAUCAGAUGUCCACCAUCUUGGAUUUUAAAAUGGCCACCAUUUGUAUUGUUAUGUUUACAUGUUGUUUACAUGUUCACACAGAAAAAUAACAGUUUUUAUGUCUGGAAAACCUGUUUGAGAUGCCACUACUGUCGCUGUGGAAAAUGGUUCAUUGUAGGCGGGACGUAACCUUAGGGGUCUAAUCACACUCUGACCACUUUACUGCGAGUCAUAUUCACCCACCUGCUCUCAUAAACACUCCAGUCGGCUGCUUUUAAGCCAAUGACACAUUGACUUGUGGUUCUGGUUCUGAGCGGCAGUUGACCAGUAUUUGUACUGAGACACAGCUACCCCGUUUGCUCUUUUAGGAGCUGCAAAACUAAAGUUAGGAGUGAAAAUGACUUUAUUUUGUCUCUAUAUUUAAAUCCAAUAUGGCGGUCAUAGAUUGAGGAUCAUUUUGGUGACUCCUGGGUCUGAAUCCACAUAUAUGCAUUAUUUGGCACUUCCAUGUGUCCGGUCUGGCUGCUGUAAUGAUCAGCACCAGCACAGAACAGCCCAACUAGACUUGUCAGUUUCUCCACAGGGUUUCAGUCCUCCUCUUCUCCAUUUCUUCAUUUGUUUUCAAGCUGAAUUAAUUUCUACUUUCUUCAAAUAAAGGUUUGUUCAGACUCCGGUGUUCAAAGCACAGACAGCAGAAACCAUUCUGGUUAAAAACAGUCUCUGCGUUAUUGUAAAGUAGUUAUAGUACUGUAACUAGCGCCCUCUUGCUGUCACUGUUAUGAAUUUGUACACUGAUUAAUCACUUUUUUUAGUUUUUGAUUUGUUUUGUGAAAUGGUAAAAUGCUGUACAUGUUGUGUAUGUAGAUUUUCACUGUAUUUUGUCUGCAUCUGUAUUUGCUUUCUCCUUGUUGUUUUCCUUGAUGUUGUUCAUGAAGGGAGGAUCCUGAUAUCCAAAGUCUUAUUAAACUCGUUGUGUUUGUGGAAAAGCAGUUUACAACAAUCGAUCUCAUUAAGAAGGAGUUUUUUUUCUCUUACAUAUACAUUCGAAUCGUUUGGCUAAAUCAGAAGCCAGACUAAUUUAUUCACUUUGAUUGGAUAGCUCACUCCAACACCUACUCAUUAUGCAUCAUGCAUGUGAUGAGAACGUGCAAUAAGGAGCUGCUUUCCACCGCCAAAACGUCCCACCAGAUAAAUGAGUGUUUCAGGGAAUGCAAGUGUAGGUGCUCAGUGUAAACCACUGGAACUACAGGAUUUAAUGAGGAUUUCACCAAACAUCUCUUUGAGUGAAUGCAGCUUGAAUCCUGACACCUCCAUCAUUCAAAACAUUGAUAGAAAUACCAGGAACUGAUGUAAGUUUGGAUAUAGUGGCACAAUGAAAUUUAUCCUGCAGCAUUAUUUUAUUUAUUUCCUUUGAACUAUCUGAUUUAGCUGGUGUGUGAAGGGGGUGUUUAGAGUUUUAGAUGUGAAGAACCUGCUGUGUACACACGCAGUGCAACCUGUAGAUAUGUUGAGGUUUUUCUGUUUUUAGCAUGGACUCGUGUUUUUACCUGUCGGGCAGAGAUGUGUGUGUGGGAAAAUACAUGAAGUGUCCGAUGUUCUGUUGGAAAAUAAACAGUUCUGAUGCUUCA